AGUUCCGAUGACGCUACGGUAAGUUCGCCGAAAAGAAGAGAGUUCGUCUGUCCUCGAAGGUUGGUAGUAUGUGUACACUCGGAUACACUUCGACGCCAAUGCUUUUCCAAUAGCCAGUAAGUAGAAAUUUAAUCGGCGAUAGCCGAUGACUCCAUGUACUCAUCAAUGACCUGUCUCCACCAGAAAAAACCCCAAAUCAAGGGAGCGAUCUUUAGACUAAAUUGGCAAUGAAUUUGAGUUGUGAAGAGCAUUACUUCAGUAAUUCCAAACAAAACUCGGAAAUUUUUUAUAAGGCCCUGAAAUUUAGAUGUGAAAAGCCAACGUUUCCAUAUCCUCUUGAAUUUUUUCAAUUACGUAUGAAAGGAGAUAUACAAUUCCAGAUUUUCCAAGUGAGGGCAAAGUUUGCAGAUAUUAUGGCAGAACCUAUUGCACUAUCUAACAAGACAUUUCAACGUGUGGACUUCUCAACAGUCUCGGAUGUCGAACCAAUUCAUUUCUAUAUGAAACGGCACAAAAAGAAACUCACUUGGCAAUCAGUCCUGAAUCCGUUCACAAAACAGGUUUGGUUGGCCUUGAUCUUUACAAUUACAAUCUUUGGAUUAAUAUUCCGGAAAUUCGUGACAGACAAUAAAGGGGAACCUUGGACUUUAAGAAGAACGUACUGGUAUCUAAUGACAACGUUAAUGUAUCAAGGAGUCGACAGCAACAACGUGAAUCGUUUAUCUUCUAGAAUAGCAUUUGGCAUCUGGUUGCUCAUGACAGCAGUCUUGAUCUGGGGUUACGCAGGAAUAUUGACGUCAUUUAUGGCCGUACAGACUGACGAACCGGUUCCGAACACAUUCGAUGAAUUAGCAGAAGCCAUUAAAAGACAAGAAUAUACAUGUGUAGUGCUUCCGCAUGCUUACAUAAAUCGAUACUUAAAGGAGUCAGGAACAAAACACGCAAGACUUUUUGUUACAGAAAGUGAAAAACAUAUUUUCGUUAUGAAUGCAAAGGUGAGACAGAAUGCUACUUUAAUGAAAAAGUUUUUCAAGGAUUACGUAGACAGCAAAGCUAAAAGUCAUCGUGAAGCGAAGGCUUUUAAAAAUAAAUUGUUUACCGACAUUCUUAUAAAAGAUCGAAUGGUGGUUAUUGGAACUUUUUUCGCUGAGAAUCUUGUUGCAAUUGCUUAUGGAUCAAACUAUGUUAAAUCUGAUGAUGUUCUUUCUACAGUUUAUAAAGGAUUUGCCAUGAGAAAAGGAUUUCCGUAUAAAAAACAAGUUAACAAACUAAUACGAAGAAUAUUUGAGACAAAAAUUUUUAAAAUUGAAGAAGUUCUUAACGUACCCAGUUUUGAAGAUGCUGCGAAACCUUUAUCCGUAGCAGAUUUAUACGGUGCACUCGGAAUCCUCGUUAUAGGAUACACUUUGUCCUUUGCUUGUUUCCUCACUGAAAUAAUUCUUGGAAAGUUCCUCAAAUAGAAACGUUAAGUUAUAUUUUUUUGUGGUUGUGUAUUUGUCUCUUUAAUCCGAUUUUCAGUUCGGUAGACUAUCAUAUACAGCA